AUGAGAACAGUGUUGCAGGUUCUACAAGAGGUGGAAGACACCCGCGACUGGCUGCCUAACAACUUGGUAUCUGGCAGAGAACUGUACUUGGAGGACAUCCCGGAAGGCAAACCCGGCCACUGUCUCGCUGUCCUCGGCACAUCUCUCACCGACAUCAGAAAUAGUGCCAAUCAAGUUCUGAAGGACCGCCGAAAACUGCUGGCAGAUUUCAGCAUCACAUGCCCAGCAAACGCCACAAUCCAAGAGCAAGUUGAGUCGCUGCCAUCAGAGCCCAUUUAA